GGGAGGACUGACAUCACGCCUGAAGUAAAAGUGAAAGUAAGAGGCAAGAGGAACAAGAGACGCAGGCAGAGACAUACUAGACAGACUACUUGGGAGAAGAGACAGCAAGAGAGACAGACCACAGGAAUAACCUGGGAGGAAACAUGAGCUGGAAUCCUAUGAGUCUGCUGAGGAGUCUGAGUAGUGACAGGAAUGAGGUUGUUGUGGGCAUCACCUCCAGGUCCGCAGACACCAACCUCAAGUGGUUGAUGACAUUUCUCAGCUCAGAAUUUAAAGAUCUCAACUUAGACGUGAAGUAUCUUCCAAUCACCAACGAUAACCGAAAUUGGUGGGAAGCGGAAAUGAAGAGAUGCCAUGUUGGGAUUCUGUACCACACCAAACACCAGGGAAGGAUCAAUGUGGUUGAUGUUGAUGGAGGGUUAUAUAACGGAGAACUCACUUACUUGUCUGAUGUUCUAGGUAGACAUAAGGUGAUGGUAGUGCUGGAUGAUUUGGAGGAUGAUUCUGAGGAUGAAAGGCAGAGAAUACAGAAGACACAGUCCAGCAUCCAGCGUCUGUCCGCGCACUUCCUCAUCUUUACUCAUAGCAAAAAAACUGAGGCUGCUUUCAAAAAAAAAAUGCAAUUCAGAGAAUUUCUGCAAAGCGCCGCCCAGCCAACAGAGAGAAAGGAAUCACGAAAAAGCCAAGAUCAAUGCAUGCAGAAUGGAAGGGGCUCAAGAGCAAGCCAAAGUCAAUGGGUGCAGAAGGGAAAGGGAUCAGGAGCAAACUACGAUCAACCGGUGCAGAUGGGAAAGGGAUCAGGAAUGAACCGCGAUCAACAGGUGCAGAUGGGAAAGGAAUUGGGAAGAUACCAAGGUGACAAGACAUCAUCUUCUACCACUGUGGAAAACUCAACAUGGAAUUCAUUGAAGAAUUUCUCAAUACCUUCAUUGACAUUUGACAAAUCGGAUAUUGGAUUAACCUCAAAGCUAAGACGUCGCACCUCAGUCGGCAUCUUCUCGAGGUCUGCAGAAGAUAAUUACAAGUGGUUGAUAAGCGAGCUGAGGAACACAGACCUGCUGAGGCCGGAGGACGUUCACAGCGUCUACAUAUCUAAUAAUCACAGAGAGUUUUAUUCACAGCUGCCUAAAUGCACCUUUGCUAUUCUGUACCACACAAAGAACCAAGGACGUGUUAACAUCACCGAUGUCACUGAUUCCUUGUACGACACGGUGCUGAAGAUGCUAUCUCAGAGGCUUAGAAAGGAGAACGUGAUUGUGGUGGUUGAUGACCUUCAGGACAGCAGCCCAGCUGAGAAGGACAGGAUACUCAGUAACCAGCCCAGCAUCGGUGAACUGGCCAGAGAUCUGUUCCUGUUUAAUGAGAAACAUGAAACUAGAGAGAACCUGGGAAAAAUAAAGGAAAUUAUACGAAAGAGCGGUGACAAGACAUCAUCUUCUACCUCCGUGGAAAAGUCAACACGGAAUCCAUUUAAGAGUGUAAGUCCCUACACAGGGUUCAGUUCUUCUGUGGAUUGUUCUGCACUCCCUGCUAGCCACAAAGGUUCUUUUAAUCGAAGUGAUGCCCCUUCCCUGCCCACCGAUAAUACAGUAAGUGUAUGGAAGACAUCUUCAACCUCAAAGCCAAGACGUCGCAUCUCAGUCGGCAUCUUCUCGAGGUCUGCAGAAGAUAAUUACAAGUGGUUGAUAAGCGAGCUGAGGAACACAGACCUGCUGAGGCCAGAGGACGUUCACAGCGUCUACAUAUCUAAUAAUCACAGAGAGUUUAAUUCACAGCUGCCUAAAUGCACCUUUGCUAUUCUGUACCACACAAAGAAACAAGGACGUGUUAACAUCACCAAUGUCACUGAUUCCUUGUACGACACGGAGCUGAAGGAGCUAUCUCAGAUACUUAGAAAGGAGAAUGUGAUUGUGGUGGUUGAUGACCUUCAGGACAGCAGCCCAGCUGAGAAGGACAGGAUACUCAGUAACCAGCCCAGCAUUGGUGAACUGGCCAGAGAUGUGUUCCUGUUUAAUGAGAAACAUGAAACUACAGAGAACCUGGGAAAAAUAAAGGAAAUUAUACGAAAGAGCGUCUCCAAUGAUGACAGACAGAUAUCAGCUGUAUACACUGGACAGUAUGAUCAUCAUCAACCUCGUCUUAACUCAGGACAAUUUCCAGGCUCUUCUAGUAAUCCUUCAAAUGGUUGCAGCGAUCUUACAGACUCCAGUAUAGAGCGCAACCUCAGAGAGCCCUCCUCCUAUGUGACAAGUGGACCUGAGACUUUCUCUCCAAAUGAUACAGAUGAUUCUGAGCCAGAAGCCAAAAAACCAUUACUGGAACCUGGGCUGAACACACAGAUUAAUAUUACAGAUGUCAUGUGCAGGAUGGAAGGUCUGAUGGAAGAGCUACAUAGCAGACGCUCAGCGGUUUCUCAGACACUUGAAACAAUUAACGCAGAAUUACAGAAUUUUAAAUGCAUGAUGCAAAUUUAUGAUGGAAAAAUGCAGCAAAUGAGAAACAAGUUACUAGCGCAAGAGGAGCAACUAAAACACCAACAAUUUACAAUGAAAACCCUUGCAAAGGAGGCAAAUGAAAAAGACAACAUCGUGAAAACUGGAGAAAAGUUAAUAAAUGACCAUAAAUACAAAACAGACAAUCUUCAGAAGAAAACACAAGAACUGGAGAAGACAAUACAGGCAAAGGACGAUAAUAUUGAAGAGCUAAAAGACAAAUUGUAUGAUAAGGACAAGAUAAUACGUGAGAUGAGAAAUAAAAUAGAGGAAAAGGAACGUGCAGUAAGAGAGCUGGAGGAGAAAUUACAGGAAAAGACAGCGCGGGAAGAGGAGAACGUAAAACGGGAAAGAAAACACAAAAUACAAGACACGCGCUCUGCAAUAGAGUGGCCAGGGGAGAAGCUAGAGGAACGUAACAGCACAAGGCAGGAACUGGAACCCAACGUCCAACAGCUGGAGAGGAAACUACAGGAACAGAUGAAGAUGACCAGUGAAAAGGACAAUGUUAUACAGCAGCGAGAGAUGACAAUCCGGGAGAUGGAAAGAAAGAUACAGGAGCAGCAGGAGACAAUCAGCAUCCAGGGCAAUGAAAUGAAUGAGAACAGUAUUAAAAUAGACAAACUGGAAAUGGAUAUAGCAAGUUAUGAAGAAAUAUCAAAGAUUCUGCAAAAUGAUUCACAAUUAAAAUGGAGUAAAUAAGGAACUGUAUGCUGGGGCAUAGGUGCCAUGUGUUGGGGAGACUCAGAGUUCCUCACCUGGGGCCACAGAAUGUGGUGACUGCCCCCCCCCCCCCCCCCUACUGCUGUGACAUGGGAUAUAAGGACAGAUGGAUAUAUACUGGAAGCUUCCUCGAGUCCAGUAUAACUUCUCUCUCUGCUCCAUAUCUCCCUGCAGUCACAGCGGGACCUCCACCAGAGGUGCACAGUGACCUCAGCCUGUGCACACAUCAGUCACCUCCACCUGUAGUGACUCCGAUGACAGGAACGGCAUUCAUGUGACACCAAUAAAGUGUUGCUCAAACUCAAA